AGUGUGGAUGUGUGUGUGCGCACAUGUGUGAGUAUGUGCAUGCGUUUUUGUGUGUGAGUCAGAAAGCAUGGCCAUAGGCAGUGUAUCAGACAGAAGAGGUGAGAGAGGCCGGCAGUGAACUCUCUAAGUAAAGCGAGUGUAAUUAAAGUCUGAAGAUAAAAGCAGAGCGGAGCUGGCCGUUACCGAACCAGACCGACACAGCGCUGGACGCCAUCUCAGGCCUCAAGCGCCUUGCAUGCAGUAGACAUGGACAGACCGCAGAGACAUCAGUGACAAGGGACGCCGCCUGACAGGAGCCCGACACAUCAUCAGCAGAUGUGGAUCUUCUGAUUCUGCACACCUAGACGUGAGCACGUACAGAUUUGAGCACGCACCGGGAUAUUUCCACGCAAACAACUUCAGGAACACUUGGAGAGAUCAGGUGCUCACUUGGCAUGAUGCCAGAGGAGUAUUUUAUGUGCAUACUGGAUGCACACUGCAGUCUCUGCACUGAAUGAGCUGGACCUGCGUAUGGAGUGCAGUUCAUGAACUUUCUCCUGGCAAAACCGGGAGGGUAGUCCCGUUCUGAUUUGAAGGCUGCGGCUGGCUGAUGUGAAGCCUGUAGUUAGGCUGCUUUCAGAGUAUAUUCAGAGUACAUUCGAAGCAUAUUUGGAGUAUAUUUUUGUAUUCACUGCUGUAGGUUCUUUGAGGGGUGCAAUUAGACAUAAUGACUUUGGCAGCUCGACUGGAUGAUCUAGAGACUACACUAGAGCACAUGCUAAUGGAUGUGUUUAUGACGGAGGGGCGGAGAUGUCAGGUCCAUCUCCUGGACGACAGGAAGCUGGAGCUCCUUGUGCAGCCCAAACUGAUGGCAAAGGACCUCCUGGAUCUGGUAGCGUCCCACUUCAAUCUGAAAGAAAAGGAGUAUUUUGGGAUCUCCUACACAGAUGACACGGGCCAUUUCAGCUGGCUGCAGUUGGAUAGACGUGUUCUGGAGCAUGAAUUUCCCAAGAAAUCUGGCCCUAUUGUCCUUUACUUCUGUGUUAGGUUUUAUAUAGAGAGUAUCUCUUACUUGAAGGACAAUGCCACUAUUGAGCUGUUUUUCCUCAAUGCCAAAUCCUGCAUUUAUAAGGAGCUCAUAGAGGUGGACAGUGAAGUAGUCUUCGAACUGGCCUCCUACAUAUUGCAGGAAGCCAAGGGAGACUUCACAAGUAAUGAUGCUACGAGGGCUGACCUUAAGAAGCUGCCAGCCUUGCCUACACAGGCCCUGAAAGAGCAUCCAUCACUUGCGUACUGUGAAGACCGAGUCAUUGAGUAUUAUAAGAAGCUGAGUGGCCAGUCCAGGGGCCAGGCUAUUGUCAAUUAUAUGAGCAUUGUGGAGUCGCUACCUACAUAUGGAGUGCAUUACUAUGCGGUUAAGGACAAGCAGGGAAUCCCUUGGUGGUUGGGGUUAAGCUAUAAGGGCAUCUUUCAAUAUGACUACCAGGACAAAGUGAAACCCCGAAAGGUGUUCCAAUGGAGGCAGCUGGAGAAUCUUUACUUCAGAGAGAAGAAGUUCUCAGUAGAAGUUCAUGACCCGAGAAGCAGGGCAUCGGUAACGCGAAGGACGUUUGGUCACAGCGGCAUCGCUGUCCACACCUGGUACGCCUGCCCCGCCCUCAUCAAGUCCAUCUGGGCCAUGGCCAUCAGCCAGCAUCAGUUCUACCUGGACCGAAAACAGAGCAAGUCAAAGAUCCAUGCAGCACGCAGCCUGAAUGAGAUAGCCAUUGACCUCACGGAGACGGGCACUCUGAAGACCUCCAAACUCGCCAAUAUGGGCAGCAAAGGCAAGAUCAUUAGUGGCAGCAGCGGAAGCCUUCUGUCCUCAGGUUCUCAAGAGUCGGACAGCUCACAGACGGCUAAGAAGGACAUGCUGGCAGCCUUGCGGGCCAGACAGGAGGCCCUGGAGGAGACUCUGCGACAGAGGAUAGAGGAGCUCAAGAGCAUCUGCAUCAGAGAAGCGGAGCUGACAGGAAGACUUCCUAAAGAGUAUCCUCUGGACCCGGGUGAGGAGCCACCCACAGUACGGCGCAAAAUCGGCACUGCUUUCAAACUGGACGAACAGAAAAUCCUCCCAAAAGGAGAGGAGGAGGAGCUGGAGCGUUUGGAGAGGGAGUUUGCGAUCCAGUCUCAGAUCACAGAGGCGGCGCGACGCUUGGCCAGCGAUCCGCAUGUCAGCAGCAAGAAGCUGAGGAAACAGCGCAAGGCAUCAUACCUGAAUGCCCUGAAGAAACUGCAGGACAUGGAGAACGCCAUUAAUGAGCACCGCAUCCGCUCGGGCAAGAAGCCCACCCAGCGCGCCUCGCUCAUCAUAGAGGAGGCUAAUAUCGGCUCAGAGGACAGCUCUUUAUCUGACGCUCUGGUGCUAGAUGAUGAUGACCCCCAGGUGACGGGGACCCCCACAUUCUCACCGGUCUCCUCCCCGCAUAAAGGCCUUCCUCCCCGGCCGCCCUGCCACAGCAGACCCCCUCCUCCACAGUCUCUGGAGGGCCUCCGGCACCUGCACUACCAGCGCAGUGACUAUGACAAGUCGCCCAUCAAACCACGCAUGUGGAGCGAGAGCUCCCUGGACGAGCCCUACGAGAGGGUGAAGAAACGCCCCUCCCACUCCAGUCACAGGCGGUUCCCGAGCACAGGCAGCUGUGAGGCUGGGGGGAGUAAUUCACUUCAGAGCAGCCCAGUGCGCACCCUGCCCCACUGGAACAGCCAGUCCAGCAUGCCCUCUACUCCAGACCUGAGAACCAGGAGCUAUGUCCACUCAGCCAGCCUCUCUCAGCCUUUCCGUGGGCGGAGCUCAAGCCUGGAGUCGCAGGGGAAGCUGCUGAAUAUGGAGGCGGAGUCAGACGCGGGACUCAGUCCCGAGCUGUUCCUGUCAGGGCCACAGAGGGCGGGGAGCAACGGUUCGGUGGCCCCUGACGACUGUUCGUCCUGCACCAGCCAUUCAAGCUCGGAGCACUAUUACCCACCAUCAGGCGCCAACCCGAACUACUGCACGCUGGCCGAGGACUCGCCCUCCAAGGCGCGCCAGCGCCAGCGCCAGCGCCACAAAUCCGCCGGACACCUGGGCGCCUCCAGCUCAGGCAGCAUGCCCAACCUGGCGGCCCGCAACGGGGCGGCCCACGCGGGCAUGUGCGGCAGCCACCAGGGCGUAUACCUGCACAGCCAGAGCCAGCCGUCGUCGCAGUACCGCAUCAAGGAGUACCCGCUGUACACGGAGGGUGGCAGCCCCAGCGCCGUGGUGGUGCGCAGCCUGGAGAGCGACCAGGAGGGCCACUACAGCGUCAAAGCCCAGUUCAAGACCUCCAACUCGUACACGGCCGGCGGCCUCUACAAGGAGGGCUGGGGCUCGGGCGAGGACGGCGAGGGGGGCGGUAGCGCGGGCGGGGCCGGGGGCGGCGGCAGGCUCACGCCGUCCAGGUCGCAGAUAGUGAGGACUCCGUCACUGGGCAGGGAGGGGGGCGGAGGAGGCGGAGGCAGGGCGGCCGUGUCGGAGGAGCUCCGCUGCUGGUACCAGCGCUCGUCCGGGUCGCUGAAGGAGCACUCACGGGUCACGCAUACGGGCUCGAACGCAGCAGAUGGCCGUGUGGGGAGAGUGGGGACGCUCGCAAAGUGUUCACCAGCUGCCUCCCCACACAGCCAGAGGAGUGGAACUCCGUGCAGUGAGACGGGGGUCACCCCUCCCUGUAGCCCCCAGCACAUACUCAACUGGCAGAGCGGAUCGUUCAGUGAUAGCUGUUUCCUGAGCAGUCCUCUGUGCUCUGAGCUAGCGGAUGUGCAGUGGUAUGGGCACGAGAAGGCCAAACCAGGAACACUCGUCUGAACCCAUCCUCAAUCCCUGCCCUCCUUCAUCCCUCGCUCCCUGGAACAGUGUUCUCCAGGCAGGUCUGUCCAUGGGCUGGACCUCAACACACCUAGACAGUCGUACGGCUGGAGCCAACCCCCCCCCCCCCCA